AUGCUAGACUCGGAAGAAAUUGAUGUCGUGGCUGAUAUGUGCUCAGGAGAGAAGAUCAUCAAACAAAAACCCAAAAGUUUUAUAACUCUAAUGGCAUCGGGGCUAACUGAGGAACGGUUUAAUAAUCUGUUUAAAGAAGCUACUCAUGUGCAGCUGUGCAUCAAAAUAGAUGGAACUAAUUUCAAAACCAUCAGAAUGCCAAAGCUUAAGAGAAUGUUUCCAUGCAAAGAAAGAUCUGAAAGUUUGGUUAUCGAAAACAAUCCUAACUUGGAAACUGUUACUCUUGGAUCAAAGGAGACAUCUAUUGUUAAUAUGCACGUGAAAAAUAACCCAAACAUUCGAGCUUCGUCAGUCUCAAAGCUCAAAAGGAUUUGCAGCAAGCUCGAGAAGUCAACAUGUGAAAUAGAUGAUACUGGAGUUACUGGAGUGUAUGAAGACAAAGAAGAACAGCUAGAAACAACUGAGACAACGCAAACAAUGCACGUAGAGGAAUCUGCAGGACGCAGCACUGUCUUGAGUGAAGGACUAGGAGGAGGAGAUGAAGACAAGGAAGACGGGUAUUUUGCUGACGAUGCACAACUGAAUAUGUUUUCAAGAGAUGAAAAAUAUGGUGUUCACCGCAAAGUGGAAGAAAAUAGAAAUGAAAGCCAAAUGCUUUGCUCUUAUUCGUUCUACAUCAUGAUUUGCGCACUGAUUCUCAGUUGA